AUGGAUCUGCAUUUGAGCGCCCAGGAUGUACCCCGCUGUGACCUGUGUGAGAGCGCCUUAGCCUCCACUCACUGUGAACUCUGCUACGUCAACCUUUGCAGGCCUUGUAUUGGUGAACAUAUCGGAGAUGAAUAUACCAAACAUAAAGUUGUCCCCUUCAGUCAGCGGAAAUCUACUUUGAUCUACCCAAUGUGUACAACUCAUGGCAGUCAGAGAUGUGAAUUUCAGUGCAAUCAGUGCAACAUGUUUGUUUGUUCACACUGUGUUUCGUCUGAAAUACACAAUGGGCAUACAUUCUCAAAUCUAUCUGAAAUCUACAAAUUCAAAAAAGAAAUAAUACAAAAGGAUAAAUGUGAAUUUGAAAGCAUUAUCUUUUCUACAUAUGAGGCCAUAAUUACAGAGAUAGAAUCUGGAGUUGCCAAAAUAGAUGGGGAAUAUGAAAACCUUUCAGAAGCAGUUAUAAAGCAAGGAGAAGAGUUGCAGAAAGAGAUUAAAAAUUCUGUAGAAGAAAUGAAUGGUGAAAUUAAAAAGAUGAGAACUAAACACGUUGAUAUUCUGCAUGAUCAUUUAGAAGAAAUGAGGAAGAUACGUUCAGAUAUUCAUCAAUCACUGGAAACUCUGAGAGAAGUCACAGAAUCAAAUGAUGUAGCCCUGGUAAUGGGAUUCAAAUCGCGAAACAAGGAAUUCUUUCGACUUCCUCAAAAAGUGGAAGUGACAGGGCCGAAGUUUGAUCCCAAAGAAAUAGACAGACAACAGGUUAACGAAGUAUUUGGGACUUUAUUACCUCUUUCAACUAGGUCAGUGGAACAUGGCUACACAGUAAAAAUGCCUGUCAAGCAUCUUCUGGAUGACCCAGAACUCAUUGGGGCUGUUGACACGGGGAGUAGGAAGUUGUACAGUGUUUCUUGUUACAGAGAUGUCAACAUCUGGGUUAGUGGAAGAUACAGCACCAUAAAGUGCUAUGACAACCAAGGAUCACUGAUAAAAUCAAUAGAAAUAAUAUCAGAUGCAUGGCCAAGUGAUAUAGCCGUGACAAGUAAUGGUUAUUUGGUUUACUCUGACUGGGCAACAGGGACAAUUAAGGAACGUCUCGUCUGUCCUUAA